CGAUCGGUCGAGCAGUCGACUGUGAUUCGACUCUAGUUAGAGAGCCUCGAUGUGUAAUCGACUCAAGAAGCAAAACAUUUCAAAAACAACCCACCACUCAUGUGCCGGUGAACCAGUGAUUUUUGCAGAUUUAAGCGCAUUUGUGAGUGGUUGGGGGCUUGAAAAUGGAUUCAUCCAAAGAAAAUAAAAAUCCUAAUGGGACUGAACGUGUUGGAGACAAUAUUUUGAAUACUAUUGUGUCACGAAAUCCGGAAAGCUCGAAGCCACCUGAUAUCCACGACUUCACUAUCAUCAAAGGAAUUAGCAGAGGAGCUUUUGGAAAAGUUUAUUUGGGUUGCAAGAAAACCAAUCCAGAUCAGCUCUUUGCUAUAAAAGUUAUGAAAAAAUCAGAAAUGAUCCACAAAAACAUGGCUAGCCAAGUUGUGACGGAACGAAAUGCCCUAGCUUUAUCGAAAAGUCCAUUUUGCGUUCAACUUUUUUAUUCUCUUCAGACAACCUCUAAUAUAUACUUGGUGAUGGAAUACAUGGUGGGUGGAGACCUGAAAUCACUCCUUAGUGUGUAUGGCUACUUUGAAGAGCCAAUGGCAGUAUUUUACAUUUCAGAGGUUGUCCUAGCACUUCAGUACCUUCACAGUCAUGGAAUAAUUCACAGAGACUUAAAACCAGAUAAUUUAUUGUUAUCGCGUCAAGGUCAUGUGAAACUCACAGACUUUGGACUCAGCCGUAUUGAUGUAAACAGAGACUUAGAAGCAUCUGACUUGGUCAAAGGAACUCCCAGUGCUUUACUACGUACUCCCGGUCAGAUCUUAUCUCUCACUUCACACCUUUGCUUUGGCUCUGAGAAUGGUUCUAUACUCAGUGGAAACUCAAGCAGAUUGUCUAUCACCUCUCCUGACGCCUCGGGGGUCUCAAUUCAUGAGACUGAGGCAAACACAACAGCAUACAAUGGGCGGAACAGUGUGAAAAUCAUGCUUGGUUUUGAUACUGAGGGACAAGAUUCUCUCAGUGAGACAAAAUUGCAUAAACCAUCCCACAUGGAUUCAAACAUCACUACUUCACCAACUAUGGAUCACACAGCUGCUACGGUUGUCAACAGAACUGAAAAUGACAGUCAUAUAUCAGGAAUAGCUGCAUUUCAUUCUGCUGACCAUAGUUUCAACCUAAAAGCCGUUUGCUCCGAAAGAGGUCAUCAAGUGACUCUUAAUGAAAGUGAUGACAAUGUUAAUGAUGCAAAUGGAAGUUUCCUUGGAAGCAGUUACAAUGGGAGUGGGGCCCGUAAAAGAAUCCGAGAAGAAACUGACUCUGAGGAUGACAUAUCCUCUAGUCUGUCAUACCACACAUGCUGUAGUAGUGGUGCUGAUUCAUCUAGUAUAAACCAUAGUGCUGGAAUGAAUUCAAGAUGUGGUGUAUGCCUGUCUAAAGAUAUGUCAACCGGCAGUAAUCAGCUGUCCAGGUCAAGCCUUGUAGUAUCACCUACAACAAGAUCUCCCCAACAUGUUCUUCCAAGGCCGUGUUGUCUCCUGGGUAGAAGGAAACGUAAACGUUUGCCUGGAUUAUCAGGAGACGACCGCCUGUACUCUUUAUCAGAUCCAGUUCAUACUGGCUUAACACAGGAGAUCACAUCUUUAAAUAUCCUCCCAGAACAGCCUCAGGACCGAAUAUCGUCCCCUCCCCCAGAAGUCAAUGGUGUUUGCAAGGAAGAAAGGCAAAAGCCAGAGGGUGCGUCUGUUAAAAGAGCUGUUGUCAGUCCUCUUAAAGGCGUUCUGAAAGUGAGGUCCUUGUCUGAUGAAGAUCUACGAUGGGCUGGUGUUGCUGACAAAACUGGGGCUGGUGUCAUGUUCUCAACACCUGUGGCUAUGCGGAAGCCUCACUGCAAUUCUGAUUCUUCAAAACCUGCCAAAAUUACUCGCUUUGAAUUGCCCCCUCUUCCUGAGAAGAAACCAACAGCCUUAGUUGUUGAUAUUCAUUCCAAUGGGCAUAUUAUUGUGGAAGAUGCUAUUUUAAGCCCAAUUGCAACAACACCUUUUACUACUCCUUUUUCGUCUCAACAAACGCCAUUCAGAACUCCCAAGUCUGUUCGACGAGGAAAAGCAGCCAGUGAUCAACGCAUUCUUGGUACUCCAGAUUAUCUCGCACCAGAGCUGUUACUACGGCAAAAUCAUGGUUCAGGUGUGGACUGGUGGGCUCUAGGCGUGUGCCUUUAUGAAUUUAUGACUGGCAUUCCACCAUUUAAUGAUGAAACUCCUAAUGCUGUGUUCCAAAACAUUCUGAACAGAGAUAUUCCAUGGCCUGAAGGAGAGGAACAUUUGUCCAGUGAGGCUGUUUCUGCAAUUGAAUCUAUAUUGACAGUAGAUCCAAGCUUAAGGCCCAAUGGAGCUGAUGUCCGAAAAAUGUCUCUCUUUCAAAACAUUGAUUGGGAGAAUUUGCUGCACAAAGAGCCUCCCUUUGUACCCCAGCCAGACAGCAGCACUGAUACCUGUUACUUUCAGGCUCGAAAUAUUUUGCAGCACUUAAAUGUAUCCAGCUUUGGUUGUGGAGAAGAGAAUUGGACCCCCAACAUUCUUGAAUAGAAUUUGUUGAUAUAUUUUUUCUGUAAUACUAAAUGCUAAGCAUUGCUGUCAAUUCCCAUUAGUCCGGAUUUACUUGUUAUCUGUAUCCUACAUGUUGAGGAUGUAAUUCUCUUUACCUAUGUGAUAGGUACCUAUAACAAAGCAAUGUCUUGCCAGUCUCAGUCUCACUAAAUGCUGAGUCCUCUCUGCUGUUGCAGAUUUGAAGUUACCAUGCCUGUAAAUGUUUUUUGAUUUAAGGAGGCCCACAUGAAGUCUCUUUGUCUUGAUAGUUGACUUUAAGAAUUUAUUUUAGUUGCAUUACAUUGGCAUGAUAUGAAAAAAAGUUUUCAAUAGCUUUUAAGAAAAACUUGGGAACUUAUCAUUGAUUUAUUGAAAUCAUUGAUUCAGCUGGAAUAAGGCCAUUUUGUUCUCUGUCCUUAUGAUGCGGUUGUUGCAGCAACUCAAUGAAGUUUCUUGUUUGCUUUACUGUUGUUGGCCACUGUUAUGUAUCUUGUAAUAUGUAUUUUAUUUAUAUUUAAUCUGUAAUUUUCAUGUAACUGGCAAUCAUCUCAUCUGACUCAUGAAAUUUAGAUGUCAGUCUUCUUUCAAGUACCUCAAAUCAACUCUAACAUAUAUUUUCAUACCAUCUAGAGUUUCUUCUCCAAGACCAUUCAUGGAUUGUUCACUGAGCUCUAUGUAUCAAGUCUGUGUAUUGUUAUUUAUUAUAUCCUAUCUUAUAAUUAUUGUAAUUAUUUUCAUGAAAGAGAUUUCAGAAAUGUUUGUAUGUGCAUUCUGUAUUUUGUGGAGGGCAAAUGAGAAAUCUCAAUUCGUAUACUUUUAUGCAUUUUUAUUUUAAUAAUAAAUAUCAUACAGAGGAAUUGCAAAAGUGCAACCCUCUCUCCCUCUCUCUUGGGCUCAAUAAUUUCAACAUUAUUGGUCUUUUUUAAUGCUUUGUUUACAUAGUACGUACAGAUUUCAAAUUAUUUUUUUCUUCUAGUAAAAUCAUGAACAUAGAGAGCUCGAUCAGAUGGAAUGUUUUGAUUCUUCUAAUUGUCUGGCUGUGACACAUUGAAUGUAACUUCCACAUUGUAACAUGGACCACACAUAUUUAUUGCAAGACCCUCUGGUCAGCUUUGUACUCGCACUUCAUAAGGUGAUAAAUUACAAGAUUGUAUUGGAGGUAAUUCAUCUCAAUAAAUUAACUUGUGAACUCA